AUGUAGAGGCGGCGGGGCAGAACUUAGCACUAGCAUCCGCCUCCGAUUCCUUCAUAUAAGGCUAUUAUAGCCUUUCUGUCGUAGUUCAUGGGUCAGACUGGCUUGUAAAUUAUAGUUGAGAUUUUUUUCGGUUACUUUUCAAUAUUCCCUCACACAAGAACCUGGAAUAAUGCUUUGCCAUCUAGAGCAGCUGCUUCUCUCGUGUAUAGUGCUAUGCCUUGUUAAAGUUUGUGCUAGCCUAAAGGCACAAGAUGAAGCCUCUGUCAAUGACCACGACAUUGUAAGGAGACAAGCAAUGGGUCAUAGUUUCGGUGAUGAACUCGAAGGGUUUGAUCUGGAUCCGAAGAGAGUCAAUAAUUGGAAUCAAUUCCCGGCCUGGGGAAAAAGAUUAUCUAAACGCAGAUGGUCUUCUCUGGGGGCCUGGGGAAAAAGGAGUUGGCUGGAUCGACUUAUCAGUGCAAACAAUAACUGGGGUAAGCGAUGGAAGUCCAUGUCCAACUCAUGGGGGAAACGCCAAGCCCCUUCGGAAUUCGACGGUUUAGGCGACGAUUAUAUUAACAUUAAGAAGAGAUCUGUCGACUCUAAAUCCAGCCACAAGUCUAGGAACAAGCGAUCGAUACCUACCGAGCUGUCCCCCGAGCAAAAUGAAGAAAAGAGAAGAUGGUCGUCAUUGUCGGCGUGGGGAAAAAGAAGCGACGAUGACGAGAAGCGAAGAUGGUCCUCUCUUUCAGCUUGGGGUAAAAGGAGUAACCCGGAAGCAAUAUAUGACAAUGAUAGUGAUAAUAUUUCAAAACGGAAGUGGUCAAGUUUCUCAUCUUGGGGAAAACGCGGCGAUCCCGUUGAUUUGUCCAAAAGGCUUUACUCCUACUGGCAAAACCGCUUAAUGACAAAUAACCCAUGGAUGGAGCGAAGGGGAUGGAAUGCGUUUUCAUCUUGGGGAAAGCGAUCUAUGGACUAAAACAGUCAGAUUUUGAAAAUGAAAGGGACUCUCUUUAUGGCAAAAUAAAGUUACGUUUCCACA